AUGGCACCUCUGGUGUUGCUGAUCAAUCAGGAAAAGAAGAACGUUCGAGCGAGAAGGCUUCCUCCUAGCCCGUGGAAGAUACCUGUUAUAGGUAACCUACACCAGCUCGGUUACUUACCCCAUAAGUCGAUUCAACGACUGUCGCAAAAAUAUGGAUCGCUCAUGUUUUUGCAACUAGGGUCCGCGCCAACUCUUAUUGUCUCUUCGGCAGAUGCGGCAAGGGCGAUCUUCAAAGCCCAUGAUGUUGUCUUUUCAGGUUGACCAGCUGAUUUAUAUGUUGCAAGGAAGUUUAGUUAUAAUUUGAACAGUAUAUCGUUUGCUCCCUAUGGAGCGUUUUGGAGGGAGAUAAGGAAGAUAGCGAUAUUGGAACUCCUUAGUUCAAAGAGGGUCCAAUCAUUCCGGGCCGUGAGGGAUGAAGAGGCAGCAUUUAUGCUAACUCAUAUAGCUUGCUCGUCAGGCCCCGUAAAUCUUAAUAAACAAUCACUUGCGUUAACAAAUAACGUUGUAUGUCGCGUGGCUUUCGGUAAAAGAUUUGGAGGAAAUGAUGGCACAAGCAGAUUCGACGCCCUCAUGCAUGACACACAAGUCCGUUUGGGGGAAUUUCCUUUAUCAGAUUUCUUUUCAUGGAUGCGGUGGCUCAACAAGUUUAAUGGCCUGGAAGAAAGAGUGGAGAGGAACUUCAGAGAACUAGACAAGUUUUAUGACGAAGUGAUAGAGGAACAUCUUGAUCCAACAAGGCCAAAAUUAGAUAACCAUGAAGAUAUUGUCGAUGUACUUAUCCGAAUACAAAAGCAUCCAAGUCAAGGGAUUACUCUUAGCAAUCAACACAUUAAGGGUAUCCUCACGGACAUGUUCUUUGCGGGGACUGAUACCACUGCAUCGACUCUUGUUUGGACCUUAACCGAGUUGAUCAGAAAUCCAUCAUUGAUGGAAAGAGCACAAGCUGAGGUACGAGAAGUUGCUAAGGGAAGAGGGAAAGUCGAAGAGAGUGACCUUCGUAAACUGGUUUACCUAGAAUUAAUUAUAAAGGAGGCACUUAGGCUCCACCCACCUGCCCCUCUAUUGGUCCCCCGAGAAACCACCGAGGAUUGUACGGUUGGAGAUUACACAAUUCCAGUCAAAACAAGGGUGCUUGUGGAUGUAAGAUCAAUAGGAGCAGAUCCAAAAUAUUGGGAGAAUCCAAAUAAGUUUCGACCUGAUAAAUUCUUAAAUAGCUCAAUUGAUUUCAACGGGCAACAUUUCGAGUUUUUACCCUUCGGGGUAGGUCGAAGGGGUUGUCCUGGAUCAAGUUUCGCCAUCUUGCUUGUUCAGCUUGCACUCGCGAAUCUUCUACAUUGCUUUGACUGGGAAUUGCCUGAUGGAAUGAGCAUAGAGGAUGUGGACAUGGAAGAAGAGUUCGGGCUUACAAUGUUCAAGAAAACUCCUCUUUGUCUCGUAGCUAGGACUGUGGGUGAAUAG